CAGAGCAGGCAGGGGGAAGGGGCCGGGCAGUCUGGGGCUAGGACCCUUCCUUUGGGCCCGGUGAUCCCUUGGCCGCGCGGUGGAAGGGAAGGAGAAGGGGCAGCAGCAGGAGGAGGAAGCCGGGCCGCACCAUCGCGGGCGAGCGAACGCCGGAGCAGGAAGAUGCUGCUGUCCCUGGUGCUCCACACGUACUCCAUGCGCUAUGUCCUCCCGGCCGCCGUGAUGCUGGGCACGGCCCCCACUUACAUCCUGGCCUGGCUGGGCUGGCGCCUAUUCUCCUUAUUCCUGCCGGGGGCACGCAUCUACCAGGAGGUGGACGAUCGCUUCUACACCAUCUACCAGAGCAUGGUGCUUUUCUUCUUCGAAAACUACACCGGCGUCCAGAUAAUACUAUAUGGGGAUUUGCCAAAACAUAAAGAAAAUAUAAUAUAUUUAUCAAAUCAUCAGUGCACAGUUGACUGGAUUGUUGCUGACAUUUUGGCAAUCAGGCAGAAUGCUCUUGGACAUGUACGCUAUGUUCUGAAAAAUGGCUUAAAGUGGCUUCCGUUGUAUGGGUGGUAUUUUUCUCAGCAUGGAGGAAUCUAUGUAAAACGAAGUGCCAAAUUUAAUGAAAUGGAAAUGAGAAACAAGCUACAGAGGCAGAUGGAUACAGGCACUCCAACGUAUCUCGUGAUUUUUCCAGAGGGAACAAGGUAUAAUCCAGAGCUAACAAAAGUUAUUUCAGCUAGUCAAACAUAUGCUGCUGAACAAGGCCUUGCAGUGUUAAAACAUGUCUUGACACCAAGAAUAAAGGCAACAUAUGUUGCUUUUGACUGUAUGAAGAAUUACUUAGAUGCGAUUUAUGAUGUUACAGUAGCAUAUGAAGGUACUGUGGAUCAAAUGGGAAAAAGAAAAGAAGCACCUUCUAUGACUGAAUUUCUUUGCAAAGAAUGUCCAAAAGUUCACAUUCAUAUUGAUCGCAUAGACAAAAAAGAUAUCCCAGAAGAACAGUUGUCUAUGAGAAGAUGGCUUCAUGACCGCUUUGAAAUAAAAGAUAAGUUGAUGAUAGAAUUCUAUGAUUCACCAGAUUCCCAAAGAAGAAGCAAGUUUCCAGGGAAAUGUAUUAAUUCCAAACUAAGCCUCAAGAAAACUUUGCCAUCUUUACUAUUCUUAGGUGGUCUGACUGCUAGUAUGCUCAUGACAGAAUCUGGAAGGAAAUUAUAUGUGAAAACCUGGAUAUAUGGAACUGUAAUUGGCUGCCUGUUGGUUAGUAUUAAAGUGUAAGCAAAUGCUGUCUUCAAUCAGUGGAAUGAGCUAUCCUGUCUCUUGAGAGACAGCUGCACGUUUCACCAAAGUGUUUCCUGAAUUUAUAAGAAGUGUAAAUAAAGCCUUAUUGAUUGAACAUUGGAUAAAUUACAGUUUGUGACUUCAGCCUAUUUGUGGUUGGUCUUGGUUAAGCAUACAUAAUUUUACAAGUUUACUCUUGAAUUUGCUGUAAUAUGAAUAGAUAUACUGAGUUAUGUUAUACCUUGCAUUCCCCAUGAACUUAAUGUCGGUUUUGGAUGAACUACAGAAGAUUAAUGGAAGUGUAUAGCUUGUUAUUUUUUAUGUAACUCAAGUUGAUCAGUGAAUAUAUUCCUGGAUAUUAAUUUGCAGUAUAUAUUCUUCCUUUUUUUUUUGUUAUUUUAGGUUGGGUUUUCCCCCCCACAACCUGUGACUAUACUAAUUGUAGCUAACAAAGCUAGUAUUUUGCAGUUAUGUGAUGUUUUUUUUUCUUAGUCAGUGUGUUUCUUUACAGAAGUCUAAGAAAUUAAUACCUAGAUCAUGAAAUGUAUAAAGAAAAAAGAAAUGUUCAUGGGGAAGAAGCUCUUUUUACCUAGUCUUUUCAUUAUUUCAUUAUUAGCUGAUUUAAUGACUUACAUAUACAAAACAUUUAACUAUCUAAUUUUAAUCAAAUUAGCCUAAUUUCCACACUUUGUGCUGUGCACAAAAGAAUGUGUAAAGUGUAAUGAAAAUUAAAUCUAAGCUAAAAUUGUCACCCAAUCAAAUUGUAGGAAAGCAUUUAAAAAAUUGUUCAGUUUAAUAAAGAUUUCAGCUAAGCUAAACUAGAACAUAUGUGCCAUAAAUAGUAGAUCAUUUAAGUUUUCUGUUACUUCGUAAUUAUCUGAGCAAUCAAUUUGAAUUGUAUGUUUAUUCUUUUACUCUUAAUGGGUCAAGAGUAUAUUUGAGGUAACAUAAAGCACUCAAAUGUUUCUGCUAAACUUUUAAGCAUGUGCCUUUUGCCUACUAGUCUGAUUUUUAACUUAAUAUUUAGUAAAAAAGAAAAUUAUUUUUAUUUUACUAUCAUAUAAUUCCAUUUACUAUCAUAUAAUUUUUAUUUGGAUUAGAGAUUAUAGUGUUGAUAUGUAUGGGUUACGCAGUAGGCUGUUAGUAAAAGAAAUCCAUAGCCAGCCAGUAUUUGUCCUGCUUAAAAUUGAAUCCUUUGUUUGGAGGUUCUCACUGCUACUGCCAAUGCUCUUUGCAGUUGUCUCACGUCAAGAAAUUCUUGUUCUUGGAGGCAAUGGGAUAUUUAUUCCAUCAAGCAGCACUAAGGGAAUGAUCUUCCUUUAGAAAAAGUUGGGUUUUUUUUCCAAUUCUGUUGGAAAAAUCUUGACUUGGCCACAAAGCAAAAGAUUAAUAUUGCUCUCCUUGAUUCUCUGAGUUUUCAGCUUUAAUAGGGUUUGUGGCUCACUGAAUCAAAUUAAGAAAUUGCAUUUUGGCAACUGAGUCAUUAAACACUUCAACUGUAGAACAAGAUAAUGGUUUGCAAUGAGUGUUUUACCUUUUUUUAAAAAUUUCUUAUCAUUUAUAGUAGUCCUUUAGGAUCACAAUUCUAGAUUUAGAUUUGUUGACCCUGGAUUUUUGUUACUGGAUUUGCAUCAUCAGUGACUAAGGCAAGAGACACUAAUUAAAUCAUGAUGAAUCAUGAAAACAAUUACAUUGAAUAAUGUUUAAUACAAUACAGUGUGCUUCUCUGAAGACAGAGUGAGUAAACUAUAUUUUAAGUAACAGCUUUGAAGACUUAAGUAUGGCAUACAUAAGCAGCAUAAAAUUGGUUUAACUCUGAUAUAGGCAGAUCUAUGUGUGGCGUUAUGAUGCCAAACUUAUUUUAAACUUCCUUUACCAUGAAAUUUAGAACAAAUUUUUUACUAUCUUUGAAAAUAUUUUUAAGACACAAGUACACACACACACACACACACCCUACCACCACGACCACCACUAGUUAAUUAGGAUAAUAAUCAAGCUCCAUAAAAAUAAUUAUGAUACUUAUUUUUCACAUAGUAACUGGAUAUCCAGUUGGUGUACUAUAGGUAAAGUUUUAAAGCGUGUUAUUGUUUAAAUUAUGUUCUUUGCUGGUGAUACAAAGUAGCAGUGUGACUAGAAUGAAAAUCAUCUUGAAUAUCUAGCUGUUUGAUUAUACUGACACACUUUUCUCACAGACUGGAAAAGCCUAAUAAAAUAAUUGUUAUUUUAUAAGUUCAUUAUGUAUCAAGAUGUUUGGAAAAUUAAUUGCUCUUAACAUGCACUGAUAUUAACUUGAAUUUUUCCUUAUUAAAGUCAAGGACCCCCUGUUCAUACUUUUGUUUUACUUUUAGUGAAUAUUCUCAUAAAAUAUCCCUUUAAGCUUUUGUUUAUAUCAUUAUUGUUUACAGCUGAAUUAUUGCUUAGUUAUUCUUUACGAAAUACAUCACUGUGCAUGCGUCUUAUGCUUUUCAGCAAAAGGGUUUGUGUGAGAGUCAGCAAAAUAAAAACUUUCCGUCUCUUA